AUGUCGUACAAAAAACAGUCGAAUCUAAGUAGCCGAACUAAGAGAAGAAGAGUUGAAGAUGAACUCAGAAAUAUAGCUUCAUUUAUUUCAGACCCCAUGAUUGAUCAUAAUGUUAUGCCACAAUCCAAUUCAUCAAAAAUCAAUUUUGUCCCAGGAGUAAACUCAAAUUCGAAUGUAUUUGUAUCUACUUCUAAUAUUUCUGAUGAAAAUGUUAAUUUUACACCUCCACAAAGAACUGAAUGGGCUGUCAAUUGUAAAAUAACACAGAGUGCUCUUAAUAGUUUACUUGUUGUUUUGAGACAACACACCUGUUUUGAAUACUUACCUAAAGAUUCUAGAACAAUCUUACAAACUCAAGCAUUAGACACCUCAAAUUUUCAUAUCGUAGAACCUGGUCCAGAUACAAGAGUCAUAUCUUCAAAUAAAUUGGUUGGACACAAUAAGUCUUCAGAAAUAGUUCAUACAACAUCGUCGCCAUUCAAAGUAACAUUGAACCAAUCUAUAGAGGAGUCAUCAGCUGAUACAAAUACUUCAGUUAAUAAUUCUGUACUAGAUUAUCUACAAAAAAUGAACCGAACCAUUUGCAAUAUUAAUUACGAUCUGAACAUGAUGGCUGAUAAAGUUAAUAAUAUUGAGGGCAUGCUGUUCAACGAUUUCAAGAGAGAAGAUCAAAGUAAAAGAAAUUGUGAGGAUACGUUUCAAACCGAAUUCAAUAAUCUUUUGCCUCUUGAAACCGAGGAAAACUUGCAGACGUUUGAAAUUAAGCUUUUAAAUAAAGAGUUUAGAGCUAAAAUGGUUGAAGAAAUUAAACGGUAUUCCCGAAAUACAUUACCGAGCACUGUGCGUGCAAUUAUGCGCAUUAUUUUCAAAGAUAGACUUCUAGAAGAGUAUAGCUAUAAAGGAAUAGGAAAUAAAAAAGUGUUUUACACACUAGCAACAUGUUCUAUUAUAUUUGAUGUUGAAAAUCCUCUAAAAAUAUUUAUAGCUGGUGCCAAAUUUAGAGACUCUACUCGCAAAAAUAGUCAAAAUCAGGAAGCUGAUCCAUUAGAUGAUGCAUCGGCUUCGGCCUAUGAAGGUGCUGAAAAAAAGAAUAUUCCUUGUGACCAUCAUCCCGGUACACCUAUAUUCCAUGAGGGUAUGAAAUAUUGGUCCUGUUGUAAUAAAAAGACGACAGAUUUCCAUGCAUUUUUAGAACAAGAUGGGUGUUUUCAAGGAAAACAUUGUUGGAUUAAAGAAACGAAAAUUAACGGACAUACCAACUGCCGUUUAGACUGGCAUCAAAGUGGACCUUGGGUUGUAAUAUCAAUCUUUGCCAAAAAAUAUGACCCAAACAAUUCUUUUGUGAGAUUGUCUCCAGUAAAACUGUCUGUGGAACUAAACUUCCCUUUUGACAAUUCUGUGUUUUCUAAAAACAUGGAACUUUAUGGGAUUGUCAACGUAAAUGCAAGUUGUGUGUCCAUGUUGAGAUAAAGCUUAAAAAAGCAGAAGCAGUAUCAUGGGGUGUAUUGGAAUAUCAAAAGCGUAAACUUUCAAAUGGUACAAAACAAACUUUAAAUUCAGAAACAAAUGACAGACAUUAGAAAAAUUAAAAUGUCUUUGUGAAAACUGUUGACUUUGGUAUAUUUCUUGGCCCUCGUUUAUUAUUUAGCAAUGGUAAUGAUUUUAUAAUAUUAUUAAAUCAAUAACUCUUAGUGUAAUAUAGGUACCCCAUACCCUAUAACCAAUAACUUUUAAUACAACAGUAUAAUAAAAUUAUAAUAACCCACUCAUUUUGAGCUAUACGCUUAUAUGUAGAUGUCUAUAAUAAAAUAUAGGUGAUGAUAAUAAUUAUAAAAUGUGAAAAAAUUCUGAAAACCAAUUAUUAUUAUGGGUGGCCCCGAAAAAUCGAUGAAUAUAAAUUGGGGGCCUAAAGUUUCUUUUUGCUAACUUACCCGCUAGUUGUGCCACUGCACAUCCAAGCAAUUGUUUAAAAAAGAAAUAUACCAAUACAGAAAGCACAAACGCACUUUUAUUUUUUCUAUAAUUUAUUCCAAUAUUGUUUUAAUUUAAAUCUUAAACUCAAGUUAAAAAUAUUGUA